AUGAGUUUGGAGUAGAUUCAACAACAGUUAAAUCAAAUAAAAACUAGCUAUCAAAUGCCAAGUAAGGAGUUUCAAAAUACUUUCAAACUUUUUGAGAGUUGUGUUUCUUCUUUAAAAUCAGAGAACUAAGAUUAAUUAAAUCAGGUUUAUAAGGCAUUGAAGAGAUUUCGAAGAAGAAUGGAAAAUGCAUUGAAACUUAAUUAGACCGACUAUCAUGCAUUCAUAAAAAAAUGGAAAUCAAUGAAAUUAGGAUUCGUUCCUUUGGUUUAUGAUGUGAAAUUAGAUUUCAGUAAAAAAGUAGCAACUUUAAGUAAUAACAUAUAGUAUAUGAAGAAUAUGAGGAUUUGAUAAAUAUUAAUUUCAAUCAUCACCAUUAUACAAGUAGGGAGAUGUUAAAAGCUUCAAUGAUGAUAUUUUAAUAUUUAGAAGUAAUACAGUUAUUUUGUAUAUAAGGUUGAGUAAUAUGCAAAUUACAGUAAUUUAGAGAAUCUUUUGACUUAAAUAAAUUUAAACUACAAUAUAGUAGCUUAUCAUAAUUUUACUCAUGCAUUUGCUUUAUUUUAAGUAAAGAAUAUUAAUAGUUUAGUUAUUGUUUUGUGUAUAUGAGAAAUCUGAUUUAAAAGUAUUUGUUUCUAAAUUAGAUAUUUUUGCGGCUUUGUUGGCAAGCUUAAGUCAUGAUUUAAAUCAUAGUAAAUAUAAAUAUAUAAAAUAAAGAGGGAGUUAAUAAUUUAUACAAGAUUAAGAAAUCAAAAAAGUUAAAUAGAAAUAUAUGUGAAUAAGCAGUAUUAGAGAGUAUGCAUGUUUCAACUUUAUUUAACAUAAUGUCUGAAAAUUAGUAAUUAAAUUUUUUAACUUAAUUACCUAAUACAUAAUAAUAAGAUUUUAAACGAAUAAUAGCUAGUUCUAUUUUAGCUACUGAUAUGGGAUAACAUUUCAAUAUAUUUGGUAGUUUUAAGGAUAGAGUGGAAGCAACUUAUAGUUUAAGAGAAGAUCCAAAUAUAUCUGAUCCUUUGAUAAAAUACAGAGGAUUGAAUAAAGACAGUUUUGAAGAUAGGAAAGUAAAUACAUAUAAAAAGAUUAUAGUUUAUUUUAAAUAUAUUAGUUCAUGGUUGUGAUAUAUCAAAUCCAUGUUUAGAAUGGGAUUCAUAUAUGAAAUGGUCUUUUUUAUUGGCUUAAGAGUUUUAAGAUUAAGUAUAUAUUAUAUAUUAAAGUAGACUAUGAAAGAGGCAACAAAAGGAUUGGAAGUAACCUCUAUGUUCUAAUACAAGGAUAAACUAACAUUCUUAAAUGGCUAAACAUUUUUCUUAAGUAUAUUUUUAAGAAUCUAAUUAAUAGCUACAUUUGUUUUGCCAUAAUGGUAAAUGAUUGCACAAUUAUAUCCAAGUCUCAUUGAAUUGCCUAAUGAAGUUAAAAAAAAUCUAGAGAUUUUAGAAUAGGAAAAAAAGAAGUUUACCAAUUGA